AUGACCCUCAGCACAUUGGGUGUUUUUAUAAUGGCCACACAAACUAGUCAUAUCUUCCAUGGUCAGGAUAAUAAGUUUCUGGAAAAUCAUUGCAUGAGGAGAAACAAUGACAGAGAUCCAAAGAAGCAAUUGAACCAGAAGAAUAUCAAUGAACGUGGCCAAAACCUAGACAAUGGACUACUGGUUACACAUAUUAACCAGACACAGGACUUGCUGAGGCUGCAGGGCGAUGAGACCCAGCUGUCUUCAGCUUGGGAGGAUUCAGAAGAUUGGCUUUUAACACACAAUUUAAAGUCUAUGAAACUCACCUUGGCUGACCUGAUAAGCCAGGGCACAGCCAUGCUGAAGGAGGGUAGCAAUGUCACGAGGAAAAUGCACAUCUCCACCCAGACCAUCCACCAAUUCGAAUCCAAGCUUUCUGAAGCUAUUGAACUCUAUCAACAGAGAAUUCAGUGGCUCACAGAAAACAGCAAGAAGGCAUUUGGCCUCAUCAAGGGGGCCAGAGUCGGCGUCCUCAUUGAUGUGUCAGCUGUCAGCAGUGGCCCUCAGAAGGAGGAGUUCCAAAGUGACCUCAUGAGCCUCAUUGAUGAGCAGCUGAGCCACAAGGAGAAGCUGUACGUCCUGUCCUUUGGUACCACCACCAGCACCUUGUGGCCCAGCCCGGUGGAAGUUGGCACCUCCAGCCUCCAGGAACUCAAGCUCUGGGUAAAGAAACUGCAGCCUGACAGAGGCAGCAAUCUGUUGCAAGCCCUGAAGAAAAUCUUCGCUCUGAAGGGGCUGAAUUCUCUGGUGAUCAUAAUGGGAAGCUGCCCAGAUCAGCCUUCUGAAAUCCUGUCCGAGUACAUCCAACAGUCCAUCAUGGGACGGGACCUCAUCACCCACAUCAUCACCUACAAAUGCGAUGAUCAGGUGCCCCCUGCUGUUCUGAAGCACCUUGCAGAAGCUCUUGGGGGCUACUACCACUGCUACAGCCCAGAGACAGAGAUCUACAGCAGCCGGGAGGUGGAUGAGCUGCUGGCAGAAAUCCAGGAGGCCCAGAGCCUCCGGGGCCAUGUGCAAGCCCUGCACCAGAGCGCCCCCUGCGAGGAGCGGACCGGCUCGAUGCACGAGAUUUCCACAGAGGUUGCAAAGAGGCCACUCACGAGUCUCUUGCCUAAACCCCCAAAGCAUGAGGAUCCCCUCACUAUUGAGUUCCCAAACUUGGACAAGACUUCUGCAGAAUGGCUAAAGACCAAUAGCCUGAAAGCCAAGAAGCUAAGCCUUUAUCAGGUUCUGGCACCCAAUGCAUUCUCUCCCGUGGAGGAAUUUGUGCCUAUUCUCCGGAAGACAGUAUCAUCAACUAUCCAUGAGAAGGCAAUGGUACAAUUUGAAUGGCAUGAUGGGACAAUGAAGAAUAUUCACGUGGACCUGCCCUUCCUGUAUGAGUACCAGAAGCAGCUCAGCAGAGCUAUGCGGAUGUAUGAGAGACGGAUCGAGUGGCUCUCCUUGGCCAGCAGAAGAAUCUGGGGCACCGUCUGCGAAAAAAGGGUGGUUAUACUGCUCGAUAUCUCUGUGACCAAUUCCAUGUACAUUAUUCAUAUCCAGCACUCCCUGAGACUUCUGCUGGAGGAGCAGCUGUCCAACAAGGACUGCUUCAACAUCAUCGCGUUUGGAAGCACCAUUGAAAGCUGGAGGCCCGAGAUGGUUGCCGCGAGCCAUAGCAACUUACAAAGCGCCUGGCGGUGGGUCCUGAGCCUGCAGUGUCAAGGCAGCAGGAACGUCCUCAGCGCCCUGCGGAAGGCUGUGGAAGUGGACUUCAAGGACAAAGACAAACAGCAAUCACAGGGCAUCUACCUCUUCACCGGGGGCAUCCCUGACCAGGACAUGGCCAUGCUCAGCGCCUACAUGGCCGAGGCCCGUGUGGGCUGUGACUUACAGCUGAACGUGUGUCUCUUCUACGUGGGCGAGUCACAGAUGGACACCACGCCACCUGCCUGCUAUGCCAGCCGCAGUGACACGGCCGCCGCCUACCGGGAGUUCACCCAGGCUGCUGGGGGCCGCUUCCACUGGUUUGGAGACACAGGUAUUUACGAAAGCGAUGAUAUCGGUGCCAUCACGUCUGAGAUGGAAAAGGCUCUCAACUACUCCCAAAAGUGUGCCUUACUCGUGUCCUCUCUGAAGAACCAGUCUGGAAAGGAACAGGAAAGUGCAGUCCUCCUGAGAGAAAAGCCGAAGAUGCUCAAGCUGAGAAGUCAGCCCGGGAAGCUCUGUCCCUCCAAGCCCACAGCACCCUCUGUGGCCAGAACGAGCAUUAAAGAUGACCCUGACAGAGAGAAGAGUCCCCCCUUGAAAGCUCUGCUAUGGAGUCCACUCAGUGGCAAAGCGGGCGUCCCCCCAGCUACAGCCCAGCCAGUGAAAGAAGGGACUGCAGAUCGGAGGAGGAAGACCAAAUCAAGGGACGCAGAGACCUCUCUCUCGCUGUUCUAUACAGAGACAGGGAAUAAUGUGGGCUUCGUGUACAGGAAGUACCCUCCAGGAAGAGGCCUAAGAAGGACUAGCUCUUCUAUUGAGUUGCCCAGAAAGGAUACAGUCUGCUCCAGCCUAGAGUGGGUAGCAAAUUAUGGACUAAAAAAACUGAAGAUGGAGAUCUCCAGAUACCUCGGUCCCAAAUGCACUCAUCAAAGGUCAACACAGACGUCGGCGUCAGCCAAAUACUGCAGUAUCUUCCCCAGCACAGAGAUCAACGGCAUGGUGAGACACAUUCAGUGUACACCCAGGGAAAUCGAAGCGUACAUCACACACCUGGAGAAGGUGAUGCGGUGCUAUGUCCAAAGGCUGCAGUGGCUGCUGUCUGGGAGCCGCCGACUCUUUGGUGCCAUUUUGGAGAGCAAAGUGUGCAUCCUGCUGGACACAUCGGGAUCCAUGGGCCCCUACCUGCAGCAGGUGAAGACAGAGCUCACUCUGCUGAUCUGGGAACAGCUGUGGAAGCACUGUGACAGUUUUAACCUGCUCAGCUUUGCAGAGGGCCUACAGCCAUGGCAGGACACUCUGGUGGGGACCACAGACGCAGCCUGUCACGAGGCUAUGCAGUGGGUGACCAACCUGCAUGCUCAGGGGAGCACCUCAGUCUUGCAAGCAUUGCUGAAAGCUUUCAGUUUUCCUGAUGUGGAAGGACUGUACCUCCUGACGGACGGGAAGCCAGACACAAGCUGCAGCCUUAUCCUCAGUGAAGUCCAAAGACUCACGGAGAAGAGAGACGUGAAAGUGCACACCGUCUCCCUGAACUGCUCAGACAGGACAGCGGUUAGCUUCUUGAGAGAUCUGGCCUCUCUUACUGGGGGCCGCUAUCACUGCCCUGUCGGUGAGGACUCGCUUUUCAAAAUGCAGGGCCUGCUGACCAGGGGCUUCAUCAACGAAAGGGACCCCAUGCUGCCACUAUUUGAAGGAGAUGAUUUAAGGAGAUUGGCCCAGGAGAUCACCAAGGCCAGAAGCUUCCUCUGGCAGGCCCAGUCCUUCAGGUCCCAACUCCAGAAGAAAAACAACACAGAACCGAAGGUCGCUCCGUUUUAGAAAAGUGUUCUCAGGGAUGGUGCGAUCCACCUGGGUCCCCAGUGCAAGGGAAAGGACAGCGCUGAAGAAUCACCUAUUAAGUGUGGAAUGAUGGCCUUGGAGAAUGGCUAACCCAGAGGCCGUCUAUGCGGGCAGGACCCGGACCAGCACGCAGGACCUUCGCGCCCUUUUCCCACUAGCAUCGUGGCCCAUUUCACCUUCGACCGGCCUCAGUUUCCCCUCUGGGAGAGC